AUGUUGGUUUAUAAUUCGAGUUUCGAUGAGUUUAUGCUAAAAGCAAAAGAUAAUUCGUCAGAGGUUCAUUUUCAUCUAUUAUUCGAAGAAACAACAAUACAAAAUAUAUAAAUAAAGGUGGCUCGUAUUAUUGGCAUUUUGUGCAUUUACGUAAUCAAUCAAAUUUUAAGUUCAGAUUUUGCAAUGCCUUAGGGUUUGUACAAUACACUCCUAUUUUAAAAAUGGCAGCCUCCUAUUAUGAUGUAGAUGAGGAUGGUGUGGCCUGGUUUAGCAUUUGUUAUUACAUAACCUAUUUUCUACUUGCGCCAUUUAGUAUUAAACCAAUGGAUAUUAGACUUGAUUACUCUUUGUUUUUGGCUGCAUUUUUAACUUCAUCGGGUAGUCAAAUGCUUAUAUCUAAGGUCAAUGGACAAUAUAUUUGGCUCAUCAAAACUACGCAAUAGCUAUGAUAGGAUUCGUUUUGAUCGGAAUAGGUUAAAUAUUCAUUUUAGCAGCUCCGGCAUGUAAUUCAUCCUCUUAAUUAAAUGAAUAGAUAUUUCAGACAGGUGGUUUCCGGUUCACGAGAGAACUGUAUCAACUUGUUUGGGAAGCUUCUUGAAUUUGGUAGGAUUAAACUUUUCGAUUUUCUAUUCCUCCAUCACUUUCGAAGAACUUUCGAAUAAACAAGAUGAAAUCAUUAAGGAAAUAGACUUUAUGAAUCUGCUCUACUCUAUAAUGAAUACUGUUGCGUUCGUCUUGUGUUUAUUAAUGAUCAAAAAUAAACCACUUUCUCCUCCUUCUUUUUCAGCUGUAAAUAUUUAUCUAAAUUAUUUUGGCUUCAGAAAAAAUGCUUAUAAUGAAAUCAUUCAAAAGGGCUUUUAGGAAUCUUGAA